AUGAACUUUGAAACUCUAGACAAACCCGACUCUAUUCUCACACUCUUCAGAAACCAUGGAUUUACCGAAACCCAGAUCUCAGUGCUCAUCAGAAAACUCCCUCUGGUACUCGUGCUGGAUCUCGAUAAAACCCUUUUGCCCAAAAUCGAAAUUUUCCAAUCUAAAGGUGUUUCAACCGAAGACAUUAUCAAAAUACUCUCUGCAGCACCAGGUGUUUUCAGAAGAAGUUUGGAAAACCAAAUCAUCCCAACGUACAAUUUUUUCAAGGCAUUGCUGAAGACCGAAGAAAAAACUAUUGUCGUUAUUAAACGCUUUGCUGGGAUUUUGUUGUAUGAUGAUCUUCACAUAUAUAUAGAACCCAAUAUUGAAGCUCUGAGAGAAAUAGGUGUGCCCAAAUCGAAUAUUGUGGUUCUCUUUACAAAAAAACCUCAAGCUUUCACGGCUAUUGCUGAUAGGUUUAAAAAGAUUGUGAAGGAAGUAAAGAAAAUGGGUUUUAACCCUACAACAAUGAUGUUUGGUGCAGCAAUUCAUGCACUGAUGGCAAUGAGUAAAUCAACUUGGGAAAAGAAGGUAGAGGUUUAUAAGAAGUGGAGUUUAUCUGAGGAUGAGAUUUUGGUGGCUUUUGGGAAGAAUCCAAGGUUUAUGAUGGUAUCAGAGGAUAAUAUUAUGGGGAUAAUGAAUUUUUUUGUCAAUAAAAUGGGUUGGGAGUCUUCGAUUGUUGUGAGGAGGCCAGUGCUUGCUUCCCUGAGCUUGGAGAAGAGGAUCAUUCCAAGGUGUUUGGUUUGUGAAAUUUUGUUGUUGAAAGGUCUGAUUAAAAAGGAUUUUGGCUUGGAUUGGUUCUUGGAGUCUCCUGAAAGUUAUUUCCUAAAGAAUUUUGUGAAAAAAUAUGAGGAAGAAGCUCCUGAGCCUUUGAAGUUAUAUCAGGAGAAGUUGAAUCUUUCAAAAUAA